UCCAAACCACGUACAGAAUGGUGAACGCUGGGUUGCUGGUGUCCUGCCUUCGAGGUGGGGAGCUGUUCCAUUCGCGGAGCCUCUCGCCGCGGCCGCACUACCCUUCGAUGCCCAAGUGCCCUAAGCGGAAAUCGGCGGAGGCUUCUGGGGAACCUGGUAAUGUGGAUCCGGAAGCAAUGAAGGGGGCUGGAGAGGAGGAGGAGGAGGAGAAAAGGGUGGCGCUGUUCUCGGUCUUCGGGAUGACGUGCGCCGCUUGCGCUGGGUCGGUGGAAAAGGCGAUCAAGCGGCUGCCGGGGAUCCAUGACGCCGCCGUCGAUGUGCUGAAUGAUCGAGCGCAAGUCAUAUUGUACCCUGCAUUCAUUAAGGAGGAAACAAUUAGGGAAUCGAUAGAAGAUGCUGGUUUUGAGGCAGCACUAUUGAAAGAGGAGAUGAAAGAAAAAUCUGCUCUAACAUGCAGGUUGCACAUAAAAGGAAUGACCUGCACUUCUUGCUCAAGGACCAUCGAAUCUGCUCUGGGAGCUCUUCCUGGGAUGCAAAAGGCUAUUGUUGCUUUGACAACUGAAGAAGCAGAGAUUCGCUAUGAUCCUAGGAUUAUAAGUGUCAACCAACUCAUGGAGACUAUUGAAGAUACUGGUUUUGAAGCUAUACUUAUUACUACAGGGGAAGAUAUCAACAGAGUAGAACUCAAAAUUGAGGGAACAUUUUCUACAAGAUACAUCUCAAUGGUUAAGAACUCUCUAGAGGCACUCCCUGGAGUACACGAUACUGACAUUGAUGCCAUGCUUCACAAAAUUACAAUAUCUUACAAGCCUGAUCAGACUGGCCUACGGAAUUUCAUUGAAAUUAUUGAGUCUACUACUUCAGGACAUCUUAAAGCAUCAAUAUAUCCAGAAGUGAGAGGAAAGGAACUUCACAGAAAUGAUGAGAUAAAGCAGUAUCAUAGAUCUUUUUUCUUGAGUUUGGUUUUCACAAUUCCAGUAUUUCUGACUUCAAUGGUGUUCAUGUACAUUCCUGCAAUUGCAGAAAUUCUGGAUAAAAAAAUAGUUAACAUGUUGAACAUUGGAGAGUUCUUGAGAUGGAUUUUAUCCACUCCUGUCCAAUUUGUAAUUGGUCGAAGAUUUUAUGUUGGUUCAUAUAAAGCAUUGCGGCAUGGAUCUGCAAACAUGGAUGUGUUGAUUGCUCUGGGAACAAAUGCAGCAUAUUUUUAUUCACUCUACUCUGUGUUUAGAGCUGCAACUUCAGAGAACUUUAGGGCAAUCGAUUUUUUUGAAACUAGCUCCAUGCUCAUAUCCUUUAUUCUUCUUGGAAAGUAUCUUGAAAUUUUGGCCAAAGGGAAGACAUCAGAGGCCAUUGUCAAGCUGAUGGACUUGGCACCUUGCACUGCAACAUUGCUUGACUUUGACAGUGAAGGUAGUGUAGUACGUGAAACAGAGAUAGAUAGUCGACUGAUUCAGAAAAAUGAUGUUAUUAAAGUAAUGCCAGGUGGAAAAGUUGCUUCAGAUGGUUUUGUUAUAUGGGGCCAGAGCCAUGUUAAUGAAAGCAUGAUAACUGGGGAAUCAAGGCCUGUUGCAAAGAGGAAAGGUGAUAUUGUCAUAGGUGGUACUGUCAAUGAAAAUGGCGUUCUACAUAUUCGUGCUACUCAUGUUGGGUCAGAAAGUGCCCUUGCGCAAAUUGUUCGUCUUGUAGAAUCUGCUCAGAUGGCUAAAGCACCUGUACAGAAACUUGCUGACCGUAUUUCCAAAUAUUUUGUGCCACUUGUCAUUGCUCUUUCGUUUUUAACUUGGCUCAUUUGGUUCUUAGCUGGAAAGUUCAAAUCCUACCCAAAUUUUUGGAUUCCUACUUCAAUGGAUAGCUUUCAACUUGCUCUUCAGUUUGGCAUAUCAGUGAUGGUGAUAGCAUGUCCGUGUGCACUUGGCCUGGCCACUCCCACUGCUGUCAUGGUUGGAACAGGAGUUGGUGCCUCUCAAGGUGUGCUGAUUAAAGGGGGACAAGCAUUGGAGUGUGCACAUAAGGUGAACUGUAUCGUAUUUGACAAAACAGGCACACUCACAAUCGGAAAGCCUGUUGUCGUGAGAACACGGCUACUGAAGAAUAUGGCACUGUGUGAUUUCUAUGAAUAUGUAGCUGCUGCUGAGGUCAACAGUGAGCACCCUUUGGCAAAGGCUAUAGUUCAAUAUGCUAAAAGAUUCAGUAUGGAAGAAGCAAACUAUUUUUUACCCGAAGCGCAAGAUUUCAUUGCUAUCACAGGCCAUGGUGUCAAAGCCUCAGUUAGGAACAAAGAAGUCAUGGUUGGAAACAAGAGUUUGAUGCUUGAAUCAGGAAUCAAUAUUCCUGUUGAGGCUUCUGAGAUUCUCGCUGAGAUUGAGAGAAAUGCACAAACAGGAAUAAUCGUCUCCAUCAAUGGAGAAGCCACUGGUAUAAUCGCAGUAUCCGAUCCACUGAAACCUGGUGCCCGAGAAGUUAUAUCACUUCUAGCUUCCAUGAAAAUUAAGAGCAUUAUGGUAACAGGGGACAACUGGGGGACUGCAAACGCAAUUGCAGGUGAGGUUGGAAUAGACACUGUCGUCGCAGAAGCAAAGCCCGACCAAAAGGCAGAGAAGAUAAAGGAACUUCAGAUGUCUGGCUUAACUGUGGCAAUGGUCGGAGACGGUAUUAACGAUUCGCCAGCACUCGUAUCUGCAGAUGUCGGGAUGGCUAUUGGUGCUGGCACAGACAUUGCAAUUGAAGCUGCUGACAUUGUCCUCAUGAAAAGCAACUUAGAGGAUGUGAUAACAGCAAUCGACCUCUCAAGGAAGACCUUCUUCAGGAUCCGAAUGAAUUACGUCUGGGCAUUCGGCUACAACAUCAUUGGCAUCCCAAUUGCUGCCGGAGUUAUUUUUUCAUUCACUAGAUUCAGGCUGCCACCGUGGGUUGCUGGUGCCGCCAUGGCUGCUUCUUCAGUCAGUGUGGUCUGCUGCUCCCUCUUGUUGAAGAACUAUAGAAGACCCAAAGGGUUGGAAACGAUUCAAAUGAGCCAAGUCAUCGUCAAGUGAAAUCAUGUCAAUGUGGAUGCCUGCCUGCUAUUGGUGGAGAUGUAAAUAUUUGUGAAGUUGCUCAGCAGCCCUUAUGACAAUUUGAGAUUUAUCUCUAUAUUUACCUUCUUCUAUAUCUAUUAAGAUAACGGAUCUAUAUUUUACUAAGCAACAUCAUCGGCAUCCCAAUUGCUGUCGGAGUUAUUUUUCUGUUCACCAGAUUCAGGCUGCCACCGUGGGUUGCUGGUGCCGCCAUGGCUGCUUCUUCAGUCAGUGUGGUCUGCUGCUCCCUCUUGUUAAAGAACUAUAGAAGACCUAAAGGGUUGGAAAUGAUUCAAAUGAGCUAAGUCAUCGUCAAGUGAAAUCAUGUCCAUGUGGAUGCCUGCCUGCUAUUACUCGUGUCGCACAGAUUUAAUUGGUGGAGAUGUAAA